UGAUCUGCAACUUCCGGGGCUCAGUGAGUCAGGGUCUGUCUCUGGAGGUGGGAGAGACGGUGCAGAUUCUAGAGAAAUGUGAAGGAUGGUACCGAGGAUUCUCAACGAGGAGGCCAAACGUCAAGGGAGUUUUCCCAGCCGGCUACAUCCACUUGAAGAAAGCCAUCGUCACCAACCGAGGGCCGCAGGAGACGGUGGUGCCUCUUGAAGACCCCAUUGUUACCGAGGUGACGUCUACGCUGCAGGAAUGGGCCUUACUGUGGAAGCAGCUCUACGUGAAACACAAAGUGGAUUUGUUCUACAAGGUUCGUCACGUGAUGAUGGAGCUGAUCGACCUAAGGAGGCAGCUCCUGUCCGGUCACCUGACGCAGGACCAGAGCCGAGACGUGAAGAGACACAUCACCGUCAGACUGGACUGGGGCAAUGAACACAUGGGUCUGGACUUGGUGCCCAGAAAGGAGUUCGAGAUGGUGGAUGAAGACCAGAUAAGCGUGUCAGAUCUUUAUAAAAUGCAUCUGUCCAGCAGACACAGUGUUCAGCAGAGCACCACACAGGGUGACGGCACCCGGCAGCGACAUGGGGAGCCGUGCAGAGUUCCUGUUCCACACCACCUGCUGGUCAACCUGAAGAGCUUCACCUACAACAGCAUCGGAGAAGACACCGACAUAUUCUUCUCUCUGUACGACCUGAGAGAAGGGAAGACUAUCAGUGAGAAGUUCAUGGUAAGACUGAACAAGAACGGGGGACCGAAGAAUCCAGAGAAGGUGGACAGACUGUGUGCCCUCUUCACGGACCUGAGCAACAAAGACAUGAAGAGAGAUCUGUACAUCAUCUCCCAGGUCAUCAGAACAGGUCGUAUGCUGUUGAACGACAGUAAGAAAGGUCCUCCACAUGUUCAGUACCGCCGGCCGUAUGGAUGUGCUAUCCUGGCCAUGAGCGACGUGCUGCAGACCAUCUCAGAACUCAAAGAGGAGAAAGACUUUGUGCUGAAGGUCUACACGUGUAACAAUGAGAACGAAUGGUACCAGAUCCACGAGAACAUCAUCCGCAAGUCCAGCACCAAGUACACCGCUCCCAGCACCAACUACG